UAUGAAUCAGUGCGUAAAAAAUAUGAGGAAGCAAUCGAAAGCGACGACUUCGACAAACAAAUGUUGGAUAUGAUGCUCAAAACUAAAGGGACAGCCGAAAGAGUUUCUCAAAAAUCCGGCAGUGAUCCCGGGAUCAUACCGGCAGGGAUCAAUCUUGGAGGUUACAGUAUGAUGAGACUACGAAAUUCUAUUCUAUUCUUUCACCGAAUGAAGCUCAGGAACAACACACACUUUCGCGUUGAUGUCUUGCACAAUAAUUUAUCCAACAUGGUGCUGACUGCCAAGUUGUCGCUUAAUGAUCUCCACAUACAUGGGGCGUAUGAACGUCUUAUUACUGAAUCAGAUCCAUCUGAACUCUUCUAUAAGCCUACAUUCGGAGAAGUAGAAUUUCUAUUACGAAACGUGAAAUACAAUAUGGAAGGAAGGUACCGUUUGCUACGGAACAAACUAAACAUCGAACUUGUUGUUUCCGAUAUAAACACAAACGACAUAUUGAUGACUUAUCAAAAUAAUGAAGCUACAACUAAACCUAUAACUUUACAACGGAAAAAUAUAGAUGAGUUUCUGGAUAGAUUAAAAACGGACCUUGACAAAUGGUUGAAAGAUUACUUUAACGAUUAUUUAAUGUAUUUUGGUUUGGAGGGGAGUAAAGCUAAUGCUGAAUUAUUGGAAUAUGAAAAGGAAAAAAGUCUCGCACUUAACGAUUAUACCGAUCAAGUUUUAGAAAAAAUGAAGAAAAGAUUAAGAGAAUUAGAUUUCGAAGCUGUUCAAAUUCCGAAGUUCGCAGUUACUGCUGUUACUGGAAUGCAAAUAAAGCUUACGAAUGGUGUGCUACGGGGCUUAGACACAAUUCAUAGAAGAGGUGUAGCGACAUGUAAGAAAGAGGACAAGUUUCGUAAAAUAGACAUGAUGAUUGGAUUUAGUAGUUUACAGGCAACUUACCAAUACGAAGCUGUAUUCAACACAGGAGUGCCUCCAAUAAAUGGCAUAUUAUUUGUAACAGCUCAUGAAUUAACAGCUCACAUGGGACUAGUUCUUACUAAAAACCCACAAACUUUAAACAUAGUCAUUGACUCCGUAGAACAAGCAAAGCCAGAAUCAAUAACUGUAGAAGGACCUGCAAAUAGGAUUAUAGGGAAUUUUAAGAAUUUACUUGAACGGCAUGUGUUCACAUUUAUUUCUAAUGCUAUUAUUCACAAUGUAAAGAUGAUCAGUACUAUUACACAUUGUGAGCCAAGACUAAAUCCAUUUCAUAUAGAAGAGCAAACCUUUUCCCAAGAAAACGAACCAAACACCGACGGUAGCAAUAAAAAUGAGUUAAGUUACAAAAAUGAAGAACAGAUAAGUGAAAUAACAAAAGAAACUAACGAUUCAGAAUCAAAUGAAAUUCUAAAUGGUGACAGAAAUGAUACUACUAAUAUUGAGAUAUCAAUUGAUAAAUACGAAGGCGACGCUACAUCCGGUAGUAGUGAAGAAGAAAUUGAAGGGGAAAAUCGAAGCAAUGUGAAAACAGAGGAAGUCGAAAGAAUCAAAAGCCAUAUUGUUUUUAGCUAUAGCGACGAACAUCAAUUAAAAAGUGACAAUUCAGCAAGCGCAGAAACUUCUGAAACCAAAGAGAAUAAAAAGAAAAAACCUGUAUUGCCAAAACACAAACAAAAGCGUAAUGAAAAGAGUUCUAUAUUAAAUAAAGAUGAAAAAUAG